AUAAAGCCGUCAUACCCUUCCGCGGGAAAAUUCGGUAGUGUCUACAUUACAUUUAUCUUGUUUGGAUUACAGACAUACGAAGAAGAGCGCUAGUUUACAUCUCAAAAUCCGUAAAGCUGCAGUUUCUGUGGAUGUCGUUGGAACAACCUAAAUAACAAAAUGUCAAAGAAGAAAGGACUGAGUCUGGAGGAGAAGAGAACUCGCAUGAUGGAGAUUUUCUUUGAAUCAAAAGAUGUGUUUCAGCUGAAAGACAUUGAGAAAAUAGCCCCUAAGACAAAGGGCAUAGCUCCAAUGACUGUGAAGGAAGUCUUGCAGAGCCUGGUAGAUGACAACAUGGUUGACUGUGAAAGAGUGGGUACAUCCAACUACUACUGGGCCUUCCCCAGCAAGGCCUUGCAUGCUCGCAAGCACAAACUAGAGGAGCUGCAGAAACAGAUUUCUGAAGCAAAACAGCGGAAAGUGUCUCUACAGAAAGUGGUUGAAAAGGCCAAAGUUGGACGUCAAGAUACAAAGGAGAGAAGUUCCCUACUGAAGGAACUGCAGGCUCUGAGAGAGGAGCGAACUCAGCUGGAGGCCGAGUUGGAGAAGUACAGAGUGUGUGACCCAGAUGUCGUUGAGGAGAUGAGAAAGUCAAACGUUGUAGCAAAAGAAGCUGUUUCCAGGUGGACAGAUAAUAUUUUCGCCAUCAAGUCAUGGACAAAGAAGAAGUUUGCCUUUGAUGACAGCCGCAUUAAUAAAGCCUUUGGGAUCCCUGAGGACUUUGACUACAUGGACUGAUUGUCAUUCUACCACAGCUUGUGGACUCAGUAAGGGAAAAGCAAGAGUUUCAGGUUCAGUUUGAAGUCUCCAUACCUGGUCCCUGCAUUUCUAGUUUCUGUUCUGUUCAGUAGAAUGGAAAUAAACACACCAGGAAUUACAUCAAAGGCCAGUGGUGGAAUUUGAACAAGGACGGAUAUCAGUGAUUUUGCUACAACAGAUUGAUUUUAUCAGCAGAAAUGUUGCUUUGGUGCAACGAGAGAAGAGACUGAACUGGCCAUUAGUGGCUGUGAGGGGGUUCUAUGAUAAACACAACAUAGCAGCCAGACUUUUAGGACACCUGUUUGCAUGAAAACUGAGAACUCCAAGUUGAUGAUGGAAAUGAAUCAACACUUAAACCAUCUGUGUUGGCAGUGAUCUAAUUUAUAUGGUUUAAACAGAUGGUUUGGAAUCAAAUGCUUGUGCAAUUUUUCCUCUAUAUUAACCCUUUUUGUAUUUUUCUGGGUGGGAGGGGGUCAAUUUAAGGCAAUAGCUAGUUCUGUUCAUAAAAACUGCACUGGGACUAACAGGAAAAUUAAAUUACAAAGGAUAUGCUUACGAUAUUUUUGUCUACAAGUGCUGUAAAUAUUUAAAGUACAUUUACUUUUUUUUGCAGAACCUGUUUUCUUGUUUUGCAAAUAAAACGUCUCUCUGAGUUUUACAA